AUGACUGCCCCGGAUAAAGAUAUAAAUGAAGUCUUUGACGAGAUUGCAUUGGCGGAAGACAGAAUCAGCCAGGAAGGUUACGAAGAGGGAUUUAGUAAAGGAGUCUCAUCCGGAAAUACAGAAGCAUACCAUUUGGGGUAUCACCGAGGAGCAGAGUUUGGUGCUGAAUUGGGAUAUUAUUCAGGAGUUGUGGAAGCCUUCAUGGACUCAAAGGAGGAGAAAACAGUCGCAUCGUUAAAUGUAUUGAAGGAAUAUUUAGAUGCCUUCCCAAAAGUCAAUGACAUUAAUGUGGAUUUUGAGGGUGACAUUCAAAAAAUUCGUGCACAAUUCCGGAAGGUUUGUGCCCAUCUAAAGUUCAAAAGUAACUUCAGUACUUCCAGUGGUCUAAGUUUUUGA